UUCCGCAUCCCCCUUCCCCGUCUUUGUCAUCUUGAGGUCCGGAACGUCCGCUGGUCUACUUUACGCACCUUCCUUUCCCUUCUAGAUAUUCCUUCAAAAUGCAACAUCGUCUGCUUGUAUCUAGACCCCCCGCCAGGAACGAGCAAUUGCGUGCUGUCCGCUUUCCUCCCCGCAGAUCUUUCCCUUAUUCGUCCUCUCAACCAGUCCAUCAAAUUGGCUAUAGGAUUGCCAAACGCUUUGGUCCUUUGCGGGGGCAAUGAGGAGUCGGCGUUCGAGUUGUCAUCCGGGUGGCCAGUGAUGGAGCCCAGCGGUUGUUUCUUCGAACACACACUCUUAUCCCUCGUGCAUGAUUUUCCAGUAGACGCUGUCCAGGAGCUAUGGUUAGGUCCGCUUCCCCCGCGUCCGGCAUCGACGCGUCCUACGGUUGAAACGUGGAGAGCUGUUAUUCAAAGCAUGCCUCGUCUGCGCACUUUGGUGCUCCUGCCGGGUAUCCACGUCCCGGAUCUCUUGAAUUGUUUCUGCUCCGAGAAUCCUGCAGAACCGCCCCUCCUUCGGGAUUUGACACAUUUGCGGAUCGUAUACAACCGAUUUGGUUCGCUCCUUCCUUGGAACUCUUUGGAAUCAUUUGUAGAGGGGCGGAGGGGCUUGGGACUUCCUCUACGAAGCUUCUGGGUGCAGGACCUUUUCUCUCGGAUGAGCAGGCCUCAAGGGUGCAUGGGUGGUAUACUCCGUUACGAAAACGGCCGCUACACUUCAAGCAAUGGACCUACGUUCCAAUUGCCUGGAUGGGAGUUUGCGCGUUACAACCGUUCUUUGGAGCAGGAGGCAGCUUAUUGAGUAGCAAGUUUGCCUUCGAUUUGCAGCAAUGCUGAUGAGUGGAAGAUAUAUAUGCGCCUCCUAACUCUCGGGACUACUAUAGAGUUUACUUACCGACGAGUGACAAUAGCUCAUGCAUUCGUAACAAUAAAGGUAUCUAGUUCUC